AUGGGAAAAGCGCAAAUACCACAAGAUUUAAUCUGUUUCUUGAGCGCUCCAUUGGUUGUCUUCCCCUCCCUCCUCCUCAGAGCCAAACACUUUCCCUCUUCCCCUCCCGUGCUUCUGCCUUCUCCUUCUUUGAGGUUGGUGGUUUUCCGGCGAAUCGGGAUCUUCCUCUUUGUCUGAUUCCGAGGAGAAACUUCGGCGAAGGCGGUGCCAUUCGCUGGUCUGAGAGCGGCCGAGAGAUUCAUUUUCACCGUCUCCUUCUCUUUUUUCUUCUCUGUUUGUGUCUUCUUUUUCAGUAUCCGAACCUAGAUUCGCCGCAGAGAUUCUCCGAUAUUCCUUCUACCGCGAAGUUCAAAUCUACGACUCAGUGGAGCGGUGGAAGUUUUCCCUGAGGCGGGAGAAGCAGAUCGAUGAGAUUGAAGCUUCUGAUUGGAGGACUAUAUCUUUCGAUUCUGUGAUUGAGAGUUCGCAGGAACUCGUUCUGGCUGGUGUCGAGAUAAACAGUUUAGAUUGAUAGGACCAAUAGCGACGAUGGUGUCGUCUUCUUCGGCUAUGACUGUUGAGGGUACCUGUGGAGGUGGGCGUUUGACCAAAGCUGCUCUGCGUGUUGGAGUUUCUAAAAGCUCAGACCAGCAGUUGCAACUCAAUGAACAAAUUUCGGGGAGAAAAAACUUUGCGCCCAAGGUAAGGAAACCUUACACUAUCACAAAAGAAAGAGAGAGAUGGGCGGAUGAGGAGCACAAGAAGUUUGUUGAAGCCUUGAAACUAUAUGGGCGAGCUUGGAGACGCAUAGAGGAACAUGUGGGGACAAAGACUGCAGUUCAGAUUCGAAGCCAUGCUCAGAAGUUUUUCUCUAAGGUUGCUCGGGAUACCACUGGAAGUAAUGGGAGCUCAGUGGAGCCAAUCGUGAUACCACCUCCUCGUCCAAAAAGAAAACCGGUGCAUCCAUACCCUCGUAAACUGGGAAACACUUCCGUCAAAGAAAUAUCAAGUACAGAUCAGUCAAGAAGAUCGGUUUCUCCCAACCUAUCAGCCUUGGAGCGAGACAACCAAUCUCCAACGUCGGUGUUAUCCUCGGUUGGUUCAGAUGCCUUUGGUUCUGCUGAUUCAAAUUCACCAAACAGUAGCCUAUCCCCUGUUUCCUAUGCAUUGCAAUGUGAGCUUAUGCUCUCUGAACCAUAUGGUUCGGCUGAAGCAUCACCAUCUGCUGCUCUUACGACCGCCACAACUGCAGCUGAAGAGCCAGAAUCCUUGAAGCUGGAGCUGUUUCCCAGACAGAGGCUCUUGAGCAGAGAAGAGUCAAUCAACCAACCGAUGAAGCAAAGCCUUAAGCUUUUCGGGAAGACUGUUCUGUUAUCUGAUCCAAAUGGAUCAUCUGCUCUGUCAACAUCUUGUUUUUGUAAAUCCCCACAAGAGGCAAACGAAGGGAAACCCAUUCAGCCAUUACCACGUAAACUAACCCCGGCAGAGACAUCUGCCCUAAAUGCGGAAAAUAUCUUGUGUUGGAUACAACAGAACAGGCAAGAAGCGACCAACGCUUGUAUAGAGAUUAGCGACUUAGGUGGUAAAGAAAAGGGACUUCAGAUUGAAGGAUCCUCAACGGGUUCGAAUACUUGUUCAGAUGACGACACAGGAGACGCGGACAAGAGUUCAGAAGUUGAAACACCGAGUUCCGAGACGAACAUGGAGAAGAAAUCCGAGUUCAAACCGAGCGAGAGGUCUGCGUUCUCGCAGCUCAAGCGAACAGACUCCGAAACACGUGCAAGAGCAUUCGUUCCUUACAGGAAACGAAAGAUAGUCGUAGAAACAGAGAACAAGUCCUCAGCAAUGGCUACCGAGACAGGGGAAGACCGCAACACAAGCCUCUGCUUAUGACAGUGCCAUGAACAGACAGCCCCAUUUCAGGUACAAAAGAUGUUAUAUUCUCUGAGAUGAAAAGGAGUUUGCAAUAAUUCAUUCCCCCUUCAUAUCCGUCACCCUGAUUUUUAUUUUUCUUCUUGUACGGUAAAUUCGCUUUCGACUUAGGGUUUAACUCUGUGUACGUGUGUUGCUAUUUCUCUCGGGGGUUUUCUUUUGUUAUCUCAGUCAGGUUAUAUAUAGAUCCGACAACAUUCCCUUUAUAGAAUAACAGAGGGAGUUUCUGUUAGUUAACGAACUAGACAGAUUCUCUUACGCAACGUUUGUAACAUGAAAGAUUCUGUACAAUUUGUCCGAUUA